AUGGGAUUUAAUGAGCUCAUCUUUUCUGUGCUCAGCUAUGCAACAUUUGGUCAACUUCUUUGCCCACAGGAAGCUAUUACCCUGGGCGAUAAGUUCCCGGCUAUAUUCCGGGGAGAGUUCGAUACUGGGGUAUUUCCAGACGAAUGGCAUUGGCGCGAGGGCAUCUCGAAGGAGUCCGCUCCUCGGGAGAUCGUGAAUGCCUGGAAGUCAGACGACUUGGUGGCAAGCAUUGUCUUGAGCAAGGAGCUUGGGUCACUCGUCAGAGCAAUAACGGGUUGGGAGUCCGUUAGAGUAGCCCAAGACGACUUGUGGUGGAAAGCCCCUUCCACAGCCAACAGCGCCACCAAGGGCCACAUUGACGCGGAAUACUUCAACUUUUUUGCAGACAAUUCUUUGCUAACUCUGUGGAUCGCACUCGACCCCGUCGGGCAGGAUAACUCGCCGUUACAAUACAUCGAGGGGAGUCACCAGUGGCCGGUUGGGAAUGACACUGGGGAUGUUUUCAACAGGGGAAGUGAGGUUUCCGGAUCGAUCCUCACCGGUGACGAAGAUGUGUUCGCCAGUUGUCCAUACAAAUAUGAUUGUUUAGUCCGCAGUGUGUCUGUGCCUAGAGGCGGCUGCUCUUUCCACCUUGGCAACACUUGGCACGGUAGUCCGCCUAAUAAGGAUGCCAAGAUGCAUCGACGAUCCCUGGCCAUUCACUACAUACCUGGUAACAACUCCUUCGACCUCAAUGUCAAGACCGGUUACAUUUAUGGCAAGUACAGGAUGUCUGACCAUGAUAGCACGCUUUAUGAUUGCUUCUUCCCCCAAGUUGGGUAGUUGCAGACUUGAUGCCAACUUGAGUGGUUAGUGAGUACUUUGCACCCAGUCUGUUCUCUUUUGUUCAGCCCUGUUAUAUGUCAUGAUGAUUGUCACAUUUAACCACAUACUUAAUUUGCUACAUUCCUCACGCUGUGUUUGGAUGUCUCCUGACCGUUGUUCGGUGAAUAAAGGUGCUCAAUGGAGGAGACAGCUAUCACAACUAACUCAGCUAA